ACAGCAUCAGCUGUAGUGUGUCGGAGAGUGAGAAACUUCUCUCACUCCUCCUCCCCUGCUUUCUCUCUCCCCAAAUUCCCUCAGACACCUUUUUCUCUUUAACUUCUCCCACAGGAGCAGCCGCAGCCACCGGUGCCCCAGUCAACAGGCUGGUACAGGCUGGGUUUUAUUUUUGGUUCUAUCUCUGGUCUACCUGGACGCUCUCGGGAGUGUUUUCUGCCCGGUUCGUUCAGGACAUCGGGUGCAACUGGAGUGACUAGACCAAGUUUCACCCCCCCGUCCCCCAUUCUGCCUGAGGAAUGAGAGGAUUGCCGAAGACCCGAAACUCGCAUGUUUGAAUGAACAAAAGAACAGAAAGCGAGGGUACUACCGCCGACAUGGAGGAAAACACUCUGCCAGGAGCAACAUCACUCCACUCAGAUCCGAACACAAACCCAACAAGGCCUGACCCGGAGGGGGAGAGCAGCCCCCCGAAGACGGACAUUACAGAAAGAAUGGAGUCUCCAGCUAAGAAAGAGACCGACCGGAGAUUGACUACCCCCACAAAAUCUGACACCCUUCCUCGAUCACCUGGGUCACCUGCAUCACCUGUCCCCAGGUCGAAAAGGAAGGAAGACAUCAUGAAGUCAGAGGAGAGGCAGAAACUUGCCAAGGAGCGGAGAGAAGAAAAGGCCAAAUAUCUUGAAGAGCUCAGCAUGUUACAAGCUGCUAAAAAGACCCAGUGGCUGGAGAAGGAGGAGAAGGCACGGCAGCUGAGGGAGCAGCAGCUGGAGGAGCGCCGCAGGAAGCUCGAGCAACAGCGAAUCAAGGCAGAAAAACGGCGAGCCACCCUGGAGGAGAGACAGAAACAGAAACUGGAAAAAAAUAAAGAGCGCUAUGAGGCAGCCAUCCACAGGUCAACCAAGAAGACGUGGGCAGAAAUCCGCCAGCAAAGGUGGUCCUGGGCUGGCGCUCUAAGUCAGAACUCCAGCCAGAAAGAAAGCAGAUGCUCUGUGUCAACGGUCAACCUUCCCAAACACGUGGACUCUGUUAUAAACAAGCGACUGUCCAAGUCCUCCGCCACGCUCUGGAACUCCCCCAGCAGAACACGUAACCUUGCACUGAGUCCAUGGGAGAGCAGUAUAGUUGACCGGCUGAUGACGCCAACGCUGUCUUUCCUCGCUAGGAGCCGCAGUGCUGCCAGUGUACUCAACAAUGGCAAAGAUGGCCAAUCUCCUCUCUGCCCCCGUUCGGCUUCUGCUAGUCCCCUUACCUUGUGCGCCCACCAGCCCCACCACCGCUGCUCCGAUCGCUGGAGAGUGACAUCCAGCACACCAGACAUCACCCAACGCCAACACAGACGGAGCUCCACACCUAUGGACAAAAACAAGAAAGAAAAGAAAGACAAGGAACGGGAGAAUGAGAAGGAGAAAAGUGCCAUCACUAAGGAAAAGGUGCUUAAGAAGAGACAGUCUCUACCAAGCAUGAGACACAGAGCUGAUCCAAGUCCCAGUCCUUUAUCAAGACAACGGCCAUCAUCCCCAGCCACGCCUAAGGGCAGGACAGCCUCUCCCAGCCCUGCUGCCUCCCCCAAGCCUCCAUCCGCACGUGGAAGCCCGUCGACUCCUAAAGGUCGGCCCAAAAGAGCCAGGACCCCUGCCAGGAUAGACCACCGCACCUCCUCCCCUGUUACACUUGAAAGAGUGAAGGAACCUCGCAGGCCCGCUACCCCUGAGGAGAGAAAGAGUUCCCCCGUGGUACCUGCCAUCGCAGUAUCCUCAGCCGCUUCCUCAACCAAUGCACCGAGCACGCUAGUCACAACCACUGCAGCCUCCCCCUCACCUGAGCCAGUCCACUCUGCUCCGUCUGUCCCUGCAGCAUCACCUGCACCCUCUCCAUCAGCCAAGCCCAUGGCAGGCACCAACGACCCAGAAGAAGCGGCUCGCAUCCUGGCAGAGAAACGGCGACAGGCCCGAGAGCAGAGGGAGAAGGAUGAGCAGGAGCGCCGCGAACAGGAGGAAAAGGAGAAGAUCCUGAGAGAGGAGCGAAUAGCGAGGGAGGCGGAGGAGAGGCGAUGCAGGGAGGAAGAGGCUCGUGCCAUGGCUGAGGAACAGCGGAGGAGGGACGAAGCCCAGCGCCUGCAGGAGGAGAAGGAGGCUCAGGAGAGAGCCAAAGCCGAGCAGGAGGAGAACCUCCGCCUGCAAAAACAGAAAGAAGAGGCUGAAGCUAAAGCCCGGGAGGAGGCGGAGAAGCAGCGUCUGGAGAGGGAGAAACACUUCCAGAAGGAGGAGCAGGAAAGGCUGGAGAGGAAAAGGCGUCUGGAGGAGAUCAUGAAGAGGACACGCAAAACAGAUGGAGGCGACAAGAAAGAGACAAAGUCCUCCCCUCUUGCACACGUCAAUGACAAGGAGGCAGAGAGCAGUAAAGCAUCUACUGAAUAUCAGCCAAAGCCUGAGGCCAACCUGCCCAAUAACAUUACAGAAAAUGGACAGACCAAUGUCAAAGAAAGCAGCCCCUCAGUCCAAGUGGUCAAUGGGGUCCAGCCUCCAAGACAUGAAAAUGGUCUAUCCACUAAAGGAGACACUGCCCACUUCGGUGAUAUCAUCCAUCUCACGAAUCACGGCAACACUACCAAUGGAGCACGGGAUAAGUCUGAGACCAGCAUGGCCACCGAGCCGAUCCUCACAUUUGAGAGUGAGGAUUCAUUCAUGAAAAAGGCAGGCCCUAUGAAGCCUCAGCAUGUUGCAGAGGUCCUGUGACAUGUUCCAGUGUUGAAGUGCUCGUCGCCUUAGCCCACAGACCUUUCCCAGCCCUGCCAAGGCUCGCAUGGGGAGCCCGGUGACCUGUGCCAAUCAACAACCUUUUCUAAGCCCCUAAUAGCAAACAUGCUUCUCUCUGAAGAUGAAAUGGGCCACAGAAGAUGACGACCAAGCAUCAGGACAAAAGCAAAAGACAAAACGGGAUGGAAGGUGUUACUGUGUGCAACACAGAUGCAUCAGUGUUAACAUUUGUUAAGAUCUUUGUGGCACCGAUUCCAUGCACCUUAAUACUCGACAGUAUCAUCCUUUGUACAUUACCGUACGGCUGAGUAAUUAUUACAAUAAGCUGAAGUGUUUGUUUUCUUUGUUCUUUAGUUAUUUAACUGAAAGAGAAAUAUAAAAGACUGGGUACAUUUUUGUGAAUAAUGUAAAUUAACUGUGUGACAGACAAAGGAGGGAUGGGCCUGUAGAUUAACGUUGUAUGAAAGGGAGUCAUUUUAUGCUACUUUGCUCUGAGUAGACCUUCUAAGUGAACCCCAGGUAUUAUACAUCCUGGUCUGUAUAAAGCUACCUGUAACAGUUUUUGUAAAGUUAAACUGAGAAAUCUGGAAAGAGAUUUGAAAUGUAAGCUCACAUGCAACAGCUUCUUACUGUGUGUAAACAUACUGUCUGUCUCAGCUAUGAUUGUAUGCAGAACUGGAUGUAAUGAGUGUGCAACCUUGACAAUUAAGAAAAUAGAAGUCAUCUAAGGUCAGAUCCCUACAAACUAGGGAUUUCCUCCACUAUUUAACAGUUAAAGCUGUUUAUUUCACGUGUGAGCAUGACUCAGUUUUCUCUCAUUUGCAUUGAGAUGCCAUGAACUCAUCUGUAUUUGAAAUGCUGGUGCGUGUAAAUGCUAUUAUUAUUUUGAUGUGCGUUACAAGGUCAGUGGGAGUAUCUUAAGUCUUAUUAAAGACAUGCUGUCCAGUC